CAUCCUGAACGAAACUUCAAAUUUCGGUGUUUUUUUUCCCCAAUACAAGGCCUUAGGGAGGAUAACGUACACUUAAACAUUUCCUUCUUUUUUUCCCCACGGCGGUCUUGGCACAAAAAGCCCUUGGAGAAGGACAGGACUACAAAAGAACAAGUGACGUCGUUAUAAAAGGAGACUUGGCUGAAAUCCUUUAGACAACAAAGAAACGGCUUCUCAGAAAUAAAGGAGGAAUCCUCAAUUAUUCUCUUUAGUUAUGAGUCAUGUGGUCGUCGACGGUUCACACGGUCUAGAUCAGCAGCUUGCUGUCUUAGACUUGAACUCAGCUGAUGGACAGGGUGUUGGCACUGGUCGGCGUUACAUUCCUCCUCAUUUGAGAAACAAAGACGUAUCACAAAAUGAUUCUCCAGGAUGGGACUGCGGUCAUAGCAAUGGUUUCGUCAAUGGGUACCAUGAUGGUCGUAUAAAUGGAACUGCAAACUUUGCCCGUGGACUUCCUCGUAAUGACAGAGGAGGACGUGGUAGCUUCCGUGGAAGCAGGAACGGUGGUUCCUUCAACCAGCCAAUGCAUAAUGCAGGUUAUGCCACUUAUGAGAACAAAGAUGGAGGCUGGAACGCAGUGGUGAACAGAGAUGCCUACACUAGCUUUGGUGGGCGUUCUGACAGAGGAAAAUCUCCGUUCUUCAAUGAUAGAGGAGCUGGCUCAAGAGGAAGGUAUGAGCGGGGAGGCUUUGGAGGAACAGGAGGGAACAGUCGUUGGGUUGAAGAGUCCAGAGACGAAGAGGACUGGUCAAAGCCAAUGCCCCCCAACGAUCGUCUGGAAAAUGAGCUGUUCUCUGCGAGCAACACAGGGAUUAACUUUGAGAAGUAUGAUGACAUUCCUGUGGAGGCCACUGGAUCAAACUCUCCUGGGCACAUUGAGAGUUUCCAUGAUGUGGACAUGGGCGAGAUCAUUAUGGGAAAUAUCAACUUAACCCGCUACACACGCCCUACCCCUGUUCAAAAGUAUGCAAUCCCCAUCAUCAAGGCCAAGAGGGACCUGAUGGCCUGUGCACAAACAGGCUCUGGGAAGACUGCAGCCUUUCUGCUUCCUGUUCUCAGUCAGAUCUACAGUGAUGGACCUGGAGAGGCACUGCAGGCCACCAAAGCCAGUGCCCAGCAGGAGAAUGGAAAGUACGUCCGUCGUAAGCAGUUUCCCAUCUCUCUAAUCCUGGCUCCAACCAGAGAACUUGCUCUUCAGAUUUAUGAUGAGGCCAGAAAGUUCGCUUACCGCUCCAGAGUGCGCCCGUGUGUAGUAUACGGAGGCGCAGAUAUAGGCCAGCAGAUCCGUGAAUUGGAAAGAGGCUGUCACCUGCUAGUGGCCACACCUGGUCGUCUGGUAGACAUGAUGGAGCGAGGCAAGAUUGGCAUGGACUACUGCAAAUAUCUGGUGUUGGAUGAGGCAGACAGAAUGCUCGAUAUGGGUUUCGAACCCCAGAUCAGACGUAUCGUGGAGCAAGACACCAUGCCUCCAAAAGGUGCUCGUCAGACCAUGAUGUUCAGUGCCACCUUCCCGAAAGAGAUCCAGAUUCUGGCCCGUGACUUUCUGGAGGAGUACAUUUUCCUGGCUGUGGGCCGCGUGGGCUCCACCUCAGAGAACAUCACCCAGAAGGUGGUUUGGGUGGAAGAGAAUGACAAGCGCUCCUUCCUCCUUGACCUGCUCAAUGCCACAGGCAAGGAUUCUCUCACACUGGUGUUUGUAGAAACUAAGAAGGGUGCAGACGCUCUUGAGGACUUCCUGUACCGUGAGGGUUAUGCCUGCACCAGUAUCCAUGGUGAUCGCUCUCAGCGUGAUCGUGAGGAAGCGCUCCAGCAGUUCCGUUCUGGACGCUGCCCAAUCAUGGUUGCCACUGCUGUGGCUGCCCGUGGCCUGGAUAUCUCCAAUGUAAAACACGUCAUCAAUUUUGACUUGCCCAGUGACAUUGAGGAAUACGUCCACCGCAUUGGUCGUACAGGCCGUGUGGGAAACCUUGGGCUGGCCACAUCCUUCUACAAUGAUAAGAACAGCAACAUCACCAAGGAUCUGCUGGACAUCCUGGUGGAGGCCAAACAGGAGGUGCCUUCCUGGCUUGAGAACCUAGCUUACGAGCACCAGCACAAGAGCAACAACCGUGGACGACCCAAGAGGUUCUCUGGUGGCUUUGGGGCCAGGGAUUACCGCCAGAUGCCUGGGGGCAGCAACACUUUCGGGAACCGUGGUGCUCGCAACGCUGGUGUCCAUGGAGGGAACAGAGGUUUUGGAGGCAAUAAGGGUGGCUUUGGGAGCUUUGGCGGUGACAGCUACGGGGGCAACUAUGGAAACUAUGGUGGAAACUUUGCCCAGGUGGACUGGUGGGGCAACUAAAAAUAUGUUUGCCAAAC